GCUACUGAUGCAUCCUGAAUCCCUUGAGUUUUUAUUGCAGUUGGAUGUACGCAUUAAGUUGUCUAUUGAUAGUGAACAUGUGGGGCGGAGUUCCUACCAGCAAUGGCAAUGGCCUGGGUAGUGGCCAUGGUGAUGGUAAGAAAGGAAGCAUUGAGAACGCCAACUGGAACAGCUAGGAUCCCAUAGUACUCCGUGCAUCUCGCUCCUCCUUCCAUGCAACAAUUGGAAGCCACAGCCGGGACGCUGCAGCUUGCACCCCACCUUGGACGCCAGCUCUGCCCGGUGAAGUUGUGGCUCAGUCAAGCUUAGCACGCCAAAAAGAAGAUCUUGCUGUUGACGAAGUGCAACUCAAGUUGACAAGAGUUCGAAUCGAUAUCAACGUCAUUCUCGCCUGAAUCAUGGAUCUUCUCAACUCUCUCAAACCCAAAGCUCCUGCCCCGAAGAUGCAGUCUGCAUCUGACGGCCCCUUGGUCUGGGUUGACUGCGAGAUGACUGGACUGGAUCCGGACAAGGAGGAAAUCAUUGAGAUUUUCUGCAUCAUCACCACGGGAAACCUGCAAGUCAUUGAUCCCGAGGGCUGGGGCUGCGUGGUGCACCAGACGGAGCAACGCAUGGCACAGAUGGACGACUGGUGUACCAAGACACACGGCGACAGCGGCCUCACAGCGGCGGUCGUCAAGUCGACGACGACACCCGAGCAGGCUGCCGACGAUUUGCUCGCUUACAUCAAGAAGCACAUCCCGCAGAAGAAGACGGCGCUGCUGGCGGGCAACAGUGUACACGCGGACCGAUCGUUCCUCAACAAGCCGCCCUACCGCAAGGUGGUUGACCAUUUACACCAUCGCAUUCUCGAUGUCAGCUCGCUCAAGGAGGCGGCGAGACGUUGGUGCCCGGCACAUGUCGUGGACGGUGCCCCAGCUAAGCAGGGACUUCACCAGGCCAAGGAGGACAUUCUCGAGAGUAUUGCUGAGGCCAAGUACUACAGAGAAGCUAUUUUUGGCCGGACGUGGAGAGGGGAGGCCAGCUCGCAGGACACGCCGGUCAGUGAACGGGAUGAGGACGAUGCUUGGGCAGACAACUUGCUGUAGAUUAUCAUAUUCAAAGGAGGUCGAGCUCAAUCCUUCUCUGAUGAGGCACUGAGAUGAGUGAGAUACCAUGCCUCGUCUGUCUAAGAUUGCCUGGCAUUAGCUACCUUACAUUAAGGUAAAUAGUUGAAUCGAUAGUCGGCCGCAAGAGUAGCGGGGUCGUUUGAAGACAGUGCGAAAUAUCAAAGGCACUGCUUACUCCUGGU